AUGUCAGGUGGCGGCGGCAAAGUAUCAAGUAAACCUCAUAAACAUGGUGUGAUUGUAGAUCACCCUGACAUUGCAAUUGUCAAACAUAUUAGCUAUGUCGAUUUUAUGGUCAAAGCAACAAAUAUCUAUAGAAAAUAUAGAUCUGAUUGUAAAACAAUAAAAGCACCUUUGAUUCUAAAUCUUGGUAAUGAAGCAAUGAGUACAGAGGAUUUGGAGUUCUUUGGUAAUGUUGCUGGUAUGGUAGCCGGGGGAGGAAUCUUGGCUGGGGGGACCUUACUCUCGAAUUUCGGAGAUGUUACCAAUGUCAUGGGAAUUAUCGGUCAUAUUCAUAAAAAGGCAGCUGCCACCCAUAGCCAAACACCUGGUUACAAAGAAGUCUACUGUAGUCAUCUCUACAAAGAAUUACCAAGUAGUUUUCUAGUUGAAUGGAAAAUGAGGCUUGGAUUUUAUGACCUAUGUGCCGGUAAUCUUGACCAACCAUUUAUAAUUGAAGCAUAUCAUCAUAAAAAAGUUGGAGCAAGUGCAUUGGUAGGAUUGAUCAAUGUAUCUUUAAAUGAUAUUCGAAAUAACCAAGGCAAACAUUUUACUUUGGAACCUCCAAAGAAAAUUAAAAAGGAUGAAAGUAAAAGUAAUAAGAAUAAUAAUGAUUCUUCUUCUUCUUCAUCAAAACAUAAAUCAACAGAUAGUAGUAGUAGUAAUGGUAGUAGUGGUAAUGAUGGUAGUAGAAGAGAUUCGAAUAGUAGUAUUGGGAGCAGUGGAGAAUCACUGUCUAAUGGUGUUGACUUUACCAUUUUCAUUUGUCCAUCUGCAUCAUGGGACAUUAAAGAUAUUAUGACUCCACCUACUCCACUUCCACAAAUGACCAGGUCUCCAUUAGUAACGUCAUCAUCCUCAUCAUCAUCAUCCUCUGCAGCUGUACCUCCACCAACUCCACCAAAACCAACAAAUAAUAAUAAUAAUAAUAAUAAUAAUAAUAACAAAAAUAUUAAUAAUAUUAAUAAUAUUGAUAUUGAUAGUAAUACUACUCCAAUUGCAACGGCAACACCAUAUUCAUCUGGACUAUAUCCACAAGUUUCAUAUACACCAAAUGCGAUACCAACCAAUAAUAAUAAUGGUACAACACCCUAUCAAACAUACCAUUAUCCACAUCCACAUCAAUCAGUGUCUGCUCCAAAUCUUGGACAGACUACAACAACGGUUAUCUAUGCCGAUCAUCACUACCAUCAUCCUCAACAAUACCAACCUCCCCAUCAUGCACCACCAACAACACCAUCGUACCAAUACCCUCCUCCACAACAACAACAACAACAACAACAUCCAAACACUCAAUAUCCGCAAUACCCUCCACCUCAACCUACAUACUAUUAUCCAAACUACCAACAACAACAACAACAACAUCCCUAA